CUUUAGCGUGUUCCAAUCUCACCUCCAUAUUAUGGCCAAACAGCAGAGGACCCCCAAGGUCCAGAAAGACCACUAUGCACGCACAUCCUUCUUGUUCCAGGCAGCCAAUUUUUAUGCAAGCCACGGAAACCCCGUCAUGUCUCGGAUGAUGCUGCGAAGUGUCGAUUUGGUGGCAAAACGCACGGUGUUACGCGUGCUGCCGCAUGUCAAACGACAGAUGUGCAAAACGUGCAGUUCGAUUUUGAUUCCGGGGCUCACCAUGAAAACCGAGGUUGAAAACCUACUGAAGAACCCUUCGAAAUCUCGCAAGGCCGAUGUGUUAGUGCACACGUGUCUUGAAUGUGACACCACAAAGAGGUUCCCAAUAGGGAAGGACCCGUCGUACGUUCUACAUUGCGAUAGGAAUGCUUUCACAGAAAAGUAA